GGAGCCCGGCCAGACGUGCCGGGAGUCACAGGGUAACGCACGUCGCCGCCGUCCACCCACUCGGCCGCAUUUAACCCGGCCCUCCGCCUCCCUCCGCUCCUCAGCCGGCGAGGCGGGGACGCGGCAUGAGCUGCCCGCGCUGAGCUCCGCGCCGCUCCGCACCGCUCCGCUCCUCCCGGCUCCCGCGGCACCGCACCGCUCCGCGCCCCCAUGGAGCGCAUCCCCAGCGCGCAGCCCCCGCCCGUGUGCCUGGGCAAGCUGCCCGCCCUGGAGAGCGCCGAUGUGCCGGGGCUGGACUUCGCGCACAUGUACCAAGUGUACAAGCCCAGGAGGGGGUUAAAGAGGAGCGAGGACAGCAAGGACACCUACAAGCUGCCCCACAGGCUGAUAGAGAAGAAGCGGCGCGAUAGGAUCAACGAGUGCAUCGCCCAGCUCAAGGACCUGCUGCCCGAGCACCUCAAGCUGACGACCCUGGGCCACCUGGAGAAGGCGGUGGUGCUGGAGCUGACCCUGAAGCACGUGAAGGCUCUGACCGCGCUCAUCGAGCAGCAGCAGCAGAAGAUCCUGGCGCUGCAGAGCGGGCUGCAGGCGGGUGACCUGUCAGCGAGGAGCCUCGACUCCAGCCAAGAGAUGUUCCGCUCCGGCUUCCAGCUGUGCGCCAAGGAGCUGCUGCAGUACGUGGCCAAGCACGACAACAAGGAGCUGAAGGCAGCGCAGCUGGUGGGGCACCUGCACCGCGUGGCGGCCGAGCUGCUGCCGGGAGGCCCCAAGGACAUGAAGGAGAAGGCGGCGCCGGGGGGCAAAGCGGGCGAGGGGCGCGGGCAGAACUGCGUGCCCGUCAUCCAAAGGACAUUCGCUGCCUCCAGCGGGGAGCAGAGCGGCAGCGACACGGACACGGACAGCGGCUACGGGGGGGAGCUGGAAAAAAGCGACUCCAAACCGGAGCAGCCCUAUUUCCCAAAGGAUACCGAACUGAAAUACGCCGUCCAGGAGAGGAUCGGCUCCAUCAAGCAAGAGAGCGAGGACCCUCCAGCCAAGAGGAGCAGGCUGGAGGUGCCCGAUGACGACAGCCCCUUUGGCGGCGAGGUGAUGGGCGCCGCAGGCGGCUUCCUGCCCCCCCACGCCCACCAGCCCCCCUUGUGCCUGCCCUUCUACCUGAUCCCGCCGUCCGCCACCGCCUACCUGCCCAUGCUGGAGAAGUGCUGGUACCCGGCCUCCGUCCCUGUGCUGUACCCCGGGCUGCCCACGCCCGCUGCCGCCGCGCUCACCGGCUUUGUGGGCCCCGACAAGCUGUCCCCCCCACUGCUGCUGCCCCAGAGACUGCCCUCCCCGGGGCCUGCCCGCUCCCCCAUCGACUCCUCAGCCCUGCUGCAGGCGCUGAAGCAGAUCCCCCCGUUGAACUUGGAAACCAAAGACUAAGCGCGACGUGGCUUUUGGUUUUUUUGUCUUUUGUUGUUUUUUUUCUUUCCAGUUUGAGACCGUUUCACUUUUAUGCAUUGGCUGGAGGGAGGUGUGGGCCACGGCUCGCAGCGUGCAGGGAGCCACGUCCCUGUCCUCUGUGCCGGGGAGCGUGCAGGAGGAUGAAGGAGGCACCCGGCUUGGCCGUGCAGAGCUGCUUCCAAAAGGACAAGAAAAGAGCUCGAUGCUUUCCGCCCCCUUCUCUGCACCCACAGAGCGGGUUGGCUCGGUCAGCUGCCGUAUGUCAAAGCUGUGAAAAAAUGCCCCGAGAGGCAGAUGUGGGUCUGUAGGGUCUGGAUGUCCCCAGUGGAAGGUAUGGAUGGCCCUGCUGCAGGGUACGGAUGCCCUCUGUGGUACGUCGGGGGCUCUGAGCUGUAGGGUCUGGGUGAUCCUGGUGGUACUUUGGGGGUUCUGAGCUGUAAGGUGUGGAGGUCCCCAAUGGAGGGUCUGGAUGUUCCCAGAGGAGGGUCUGGGUGUCCCCACGGUGCCUUGGGCUGUAAGCACUGGCUGUCCCUGAUGGUACUUUGGGGGCUCAGCGCUCCCAGCCUGGCCGUGCAUAGUCAGUGGUUCAGGCAGACUAGGAUUUCUCUCCACACCUUUGCUGAUGAGUAUUUUAAUAAAUAAAAGGUAGAUGCUGCUUGGAGGCUUUACGUGGAGUACACCUAAUGAAUAACAAACCUGUGCCCCAUCCUGUAACGAGCUGCUGGUGGAGGCUGAGCCCGGUCCUGCCAGGUGAGCGUGGCCCAGCUGUGCUUAACCCAGGUGAGGGUUUGGGCACGUCCCAUAGAUCCCAGCACCGCGGGGCCCUUUGCUGCAGGUAAAGCCAUGACACCGUGCCCAGUUUGGCUUCUCUUUUUUCCUUUUUUAAACAGAAUUUUCCCUGUUUUGUGUUGUUUUUUUUUCUUCUCACUGGUUUUGAGGACUGGUGUCCAGCACAACUCCGGUAUGAUUCCCAUUUCACCUUCCUGUUGCCCCAGCUGUUGAGAUGCACUAUGCUUGAUUGCAGAUCGUGUUCUGACCUUUAUUUUAUUGGGUUGUUUGUUUUGUUUUGUUUUUUUUUUUUGGUAUACAGUUGCCUUUAUUUGUAAAAUCCUGUUAUAUAUAUAUAUAUUAUAUAAAUAUAUUAAAAGGUAAAGCGUUUCAGAUGUCUAUUAUUUGUAUAACUACUUGAGCAUCAAAGAAGUGUGAAAUAUGAAUGUAUCUUUGUUUCUGGGUUGUCUUUUGUUUUUUUGAAGAGAAGAGCUUUGUUUUAUUCUCUAGGGAGAGGUACAGUGUUUAUAUUUUGGAACCUUCUUCAAGGUGGGAUAUUGUACAUAUUUUUAUCUCAAGUAAAUGUUAAGUAGUUGUUUAAAAAUACUUAAUAAAAUAAUUCUUUUCCUGUGGAA